AUGGCGGACGAGCUGCAGUCGUCCGAAGAGCUGGCAUUUGUAGCUGAGGAGGUAGAUCGCAUCAUUCUCACGUCCAUCGAGAGCUGUCUGAAAGACGAAGUGUACGAUGAGCUGAAGGUAUCGCAGUGGGUCGACUACAUCUGUGAGUCCAUCAUGAAAGGACUUGGUGAACUGCGGAAGCCGCUUAAGUACAUCGUGAGCUGUCUUAUCAUGCAGAAGAAUGGCGCUGGCGUGCAUGCCUCAGUCUCCUGUCACUGGGAUACCGUCACAGACGGUGCACACGUCGUCAAGUGGCCGGGCGACAAGCACAAAGAUCACAACCGGAGCAUGUAUUGCAUUACCACAGUGAGCGGGCUAAGCUUCUAA